AAUCAAGUUACCCUUCAUUUUAACUUUGCUUUGACCGAACCGAGGGCUUAAAGUGUAAUUUCACUGUCCAUUUGUAAUAAUCCAAUUGAAAGAAGAGAGAACAGAAGGAAACGGGUGCAAAAUUUCUCCAGUGGGGACAUCAUCUCUUAUUUUCUGGGCAAUCCAUUAAUCCACUGGGCUAAAGAAUAUGAUAAUGGUUGAGGAAAGUACACGGCGUCUACCUAAUUGGAUGCUAGGUGUAAGUGUAGCUGCUGAUAAUGAUAAUAAUAAUAAGAAGAACAUUACCGACGAGCCUGAAGAUGAAGAGGACGAGGCAAAUUUGGCAAAGAAUUCAAAAUUCGAAGCCAAAAGGAGAAAGAGGAACCAAGUUAAAGACAAUAAAGAGCUGGAUGAUGAUACUGACAACGACGUAAACAAGAAAACAAGCAAUCGGCCUGGGAGAAAGCGAAAAGCAAAAAGUAAGGCGGAGAUCAAAGCUGAGUACGAGGAGGAGGAGGGGGAGGAGCUGACUGUUGAAGACUUAGUCAGCAUUGCCGAGGAGUAUGUCAAAGCUGACGAGGAUUCACGGAGAAAACAAACAUCAGGCAGAGAAUGUAAAUUGCAAAGACAACUUCCAACAACAGCUUCUUCUAAGAAUGAUUUAGAAGAGUCUUUCAUUGUUCUUGAUGGCAAGCAUUUAUCAGCUAGUUGUGAAACCACUUCUUAUGGUUCAACUAUGAAUUUAGUUAGCGAAGAAAGUCUCAUUUCCUCAAGUAGGACAGGGGAUCCUGCUCAUGACAUGUUGGAUUUAUUUUUGGGUCCCUUGCUUAAGAAGCCAAUGGAGAAAGGGAAGAGGUCUGAAUUUACUACAAUGGAUGUUGAUUUUACCUUUGAGUUGAAAAAGAAAACUCGCAAUGAUUUUGGAGACGAAAUGGUGCCCCCAAUGAAGAAGAAGAGCAGUCUUAAAGACAAGGUAUCCUUAUUGCUUGACUGAUUAAAGAGUCCAAAGCAGAUAUGUUGAGAUGCUACUGUGAUCCUCUCAAUCUGGUUCCAUCAAGCAAGCGAUUUCCGGACACUUCCAUCUCUUCUUCACUUCAGAUGAUAUUUCCCUAGGUGUGUUUUUCUGAUGACAUUUUUUUUUUAAAUUCAGUUAUCAGAAUGCUUUGACUGAAAAUGGGAGAAACUACAUAAGAAUGACAUAUAACAGUUCCAUCCGUGUUCUGUAAACUAACCUUUUACAAGGACUAUACUUCCACUAGAGCUGGUACUUGGUCUUGUAGACUUGUUAAAUAGUUGUCUUCAAUACCAUGCUUCAGCUGCAGAAUUAGCUUUCUUUUUUCCUGUUAGAACACAACCCUUUUCAACAUACUAAUAUGAUUCGGCAGUAGUAACUUGCAUUUAUACCACCAUCUUAGCAAUCGAAGAGCUUUUUCAUGCUCAAUGAAGUUAUUGUCUAAUUUAUAUUGUUUUAUGAUCUGUAAGGAUGCAAUAUGAUUGUGAUUAAAUCUAGGGUUACCAUGUUGUGAUCCGAAUAUUUCUUCUCGGGCCUGUAAAAGAACACUGGAUCAAAAUUGUCUAGUAAAGUUCGUCAUAAAACAUUCCUGGGAAUAUGAGAUUCCAUGACAAACACAAGAUUGCUUGCAAUCUUAAAUUCCAGGCUCCUGGGAACCCUACUUAUAUUGUACCAAAUGCAACCUUUGAUAUAUUGGUGUUGUUAUCUUCUUUUGAUUAAUUAUUAAAUCCAUGCUUAAACUUUAUUGACUGAACAUGGAAAGAAAAUGCUGCUUUCAUUCUGUGCAUAAAAAGUAAGGUAUCCUAUGAAGUGCUUAUUUGACAAUGCUGGUAUUGAUACAUUUAUCUUUCUAUGAAUCUAGGCCCUGCUGAUGCUUACAAACAUGAUCUUUACAAAAAAAUUGACCAUGUGCCGGUCUGAGUUUGUUGUGUUUAGUAUACCAGUCAUGUUUGUUUUGUGAUUGUGGAACUCUUGGUUGUUAACUUGGCAUGGCAAGAUAGCUGAAAAAUUACGCAUGAAUGUCAAGUUGACUGGUUACGAUUAGCUUAUAAUCAUUUACUUUGGUUGCACUUUUGGGAUACCUAUCUGAACCUGAUUCAUUUGUGCGCGUAUCAUUAGCACCUUGAUAUGUAGGUUACAGAACUAUAUAUUUUAUCUAAUGUAUUGUGUGCUUUGGGGAAACAAUGAGAGAUGGUGCAUGCACAAGGGAUCUCAAUAGAUAAUAGAUGGUGAUUUGCCUGAUUUUAGAGGUGAACAAUUAAUAUAUUGUUAAUGUAACUGGCUAUGAUUUUUUCUUCUUUUGCUGAUAUUUUGUUGCUCGAUUGACUUUCUAUUGGAUGCGAGGCCUAGUUCUUCAUUUUCAGUUCAGUCUUGUUGUGGGUAGGCAGUUCUUUAGAUGGUCUUUGUACUGAUCUGAUUUCUUCUUCCCUCUUUAAGGUUUGACUACAAAGCUUGCCCCUUAUAAAUUUGGAGUUCUUUUUGUGUGAGUGUGUGUGUGUGUGUGGGGGGGGGGGGGGGGGGUGUUAAGUGGUCGUUUGUAGAUUAAGCUUAGAGACAAGGCUUUCUGAGGUUUAUUCACCACAAAAGAAGUUAAUGGCACCUAGUUGUAGCUUGAUAAUUUUCACCCAAAAGGCUAUGUUUAAUUCAGGUCUUCCUGAUACAUAAAUAAUAAUGGGUGGCAUGAUUCAAGGAAAAGCAUGGAGUUGGCCUGGAGCUAGGUUGGAGGAAUUGAUCUCUUACUUGUCAUGCCUGCUGCUGAGAGAGAGAGAAAAAAAGGAUGUCAGGAGUCAAGGACUUGCAUGAAGUGGCCUUGCGCUGGGUAAGAAUUUAUCUUCUACACGUCAUGACUGCUGAAGGUGUGGUGGCUUCCUGCUGAAGGUGCAACGCUGGCUGGUUUGUAAAGGCUAUACGAAGAUACUCCAUUUUAGAUUGGCAGAGCCUGAAACUCAUUUUCUAGGUAAAAGUUUCCCACUGAAACAAAUUGCUAGCUGAAGCAUGUUCAAGACAAUGCUAUUACAUGCGCAGCUCUUUCUGAUUUCGGUCCUGUUUUGGUAUUGCUGUGUGCAAUCAUGUGUUUUUUAAAAAUUGAAAUAUAUAUUUUUUUAGCUUUAAA